AUGAUACUGACCUAUACGCGGUUUCUACUAUUGAGUAGUAUUGCUUUUAUUGCCGUAACAGGUGAUUCUGAACAUUUGAAAGAAAUGCGUUUUAAAUUUUGGCUACAACCAGAUACUCAAGAAUGUUAUCAUGAAUUAUUAGAGAAUGGAACAAGCAUUUAUUUGAUGUAUGAAAUAUUAAACGCUCAUGAACAUGAUAGCAGUAUUAUAGCUUAUUUUCGGAAUGCAUAUAAUGGAAGUAUUUUAGCUAUCUCAACGACUCCUCAACGGGGUCAUCUUCAACUUAUAGCAAAUGAAACAACUUUGGUCGACAUUUGCAUGACUCAUGAAAAAUCAGACACCUAUGUGAAAUAUAUUUCUGUAUUCUUUCAUCGUUAUCAUCUUGAAAAUAUUUUAGCUAGUAUAAAAGAAGUUGAACACUUUGAUAAUUCGUCAAUUAAUGCUCAUAAUGCAAUUGAUGCUAUUUCUUAUCAGAUUAUUGUUACACGUGAACAACAAAUUGAAAUGGAAAUGCUUAAUCAGAAAGAUCUUUAUUUAGUUGAACAAAAUUUAGUAUGGGUUAAUCGAUGGGCAAUUAUGCACAUCUUUUUAAUAAUUAGUUGUUCACUUUUUCAAACUUUCUUCAUUAGACGUCUAUUUCAAACGCCAACAGUAAUGAAACGAAUGAAAUAA